UACCGUGCAAUUUUACAAAGAAUAUGGAUUAAAUGCGAAGGGUAAUCAGUUAUUCAGUUAUGUGAACGCUGCAGACAAAAAUCGGAGCCUGAUUUUAUCAUCGAUCGUGUUAGAAUGAUAUGUCAUAUAUACAAUAAGCAUGGAGAAUCAGAAAUAAUGAAUGACCCAAAAUAUCAGUCCGUAGCAACAAAUUUUAAUUUUCAACGUCAUAAGAAAAGUAAAAGUGACGUUGGGACAUGUCGUGUUUCAAAUUGUAACGUGAAAAUUAAAAAUAAAUUUGGUAAAGCAUUACCAUUUGAAAACCAUUCGAUAACGCAUCACACAGACGACAAAAAAAUUGCUUUUUUUGCAAAAGCAGUAGAAAUAGAUUCUGGACGAAAAAUACUGAAUAAUUACAAAAUAGAGGACACCGAAUAUGCGAAAUGCUCAUUUUGUCGGACGCAGAUACCCUUGGAAGGUUUGGAUUCGCACACUGCUGAAGUACUUGCGAUCUUAAACAGACACUCGAUCCCACAUAUUGAUGAAUAUUUGGACAUACUAGAAGAAGUACAAGAUUUACUUUCCGUAGACGAAGCAUUCAUACAAAGUGAGCUAGAAAAAGAAAAAAAAAUGCAAUUAGAUAUAAAUGAAGCAAAGCAAAAUAUUGAUAAGGAAGUUCCAAUGCAAGAGACUCUAAGAAAUAUAGAAACGGAACCUGGUUCUCCCAUUUCGGAAAACUACAACAAUACGAAAUGAAAUAUAAAAACAAAAUACUAUAUUGUGAUUUAAAACCUUGUCGUCAUAAUAAUAAAUAUAAUGCUAAUAAGUUAUAUUGCAUACAAAACCAUUGCGAAAUUCAUCACGGGCCCAAAAAUAUGAUUUACAAUGAAA